CUCAGAAGUAAUCUUCUAGCUUCGCGCUUUGUAAAACGGCGCAUUUUCCUCGCAUGUUGAAUUUCGUGCUUGAGAUUCCUUGCCACAUGAGACUCAUUGAGACGCCCCGUGAUGUCACCUGAAGCAUACACGUUUCUAGAAUCGAAUCAGGCGGCCUGACUAUAGUCCAGAGUGCCAAUAUUUGUGGUAAUCUAGACGUCAAUGACUCGGUGCCGCAUCCUAUUAUCUCCAAGGUGCUUUUGGUGUGACCACUCUAUUUGGAAAUACAUCAGGCGGCGUCUUUCAAUGAUAUCCUAGACAGUCUAUUCCUGUGUGAAUACGAGAAGACCCUUUGAUGUUACGCGACUUUGGUUAUUCUCACUACGUAUACUGAACUGUGGCCGAGACCAUCACUUGAUUGGAAACCUUUGCUUCGCCAACAUUCAAUCUGGUACUACUACACGAGAUGGGAACGUGAAAUAUACGAAUUCGGGACUCGGAUACGAUGGGAAUGGAUGCGAGCCAAGAUGGGUAUCCUUCUGUCCAACUUCGUUUCUUCCGUCGGGCGUUUCAUGGCGUCACCCAUGAGAACGCCUCCCGCUCCCAUCGUGUGUAUGUGUAUAUUUCGGAACCUAUGACCACUAUUACUCGAACUCUCCAGAAGAGACUUGAAUUCAGUAUAAAGUCGUCCGACUUGAGUUAUUGCUCUUAACACCUGGAGUGCACGACCUCGAUUGCCUGCGUUCCCGCUUUACACCUUAUACCC